GGGGCAGCCCCGGCAGUCGGUGGGUCAGGAGAGGUGCUGACAAGGCGGGGCAGACGCUGGGCUCCGCCGGCUUCACCCCCUCCCGCUGGGGACAGGUGGCUGCAGUGCGCCCCGCCUCCGCCAGCUGCGAGUGGGAACCAGGGAGGGCCAGUCCGGGACGGCCACUGCCAGCUGCGAGUCCGGGGACAGCGCGGUCUAGUGUGGGACAGCCGGCCGAAGGGUCCGGCAGCGGCAAACGAGUAUCCUGGCGGCCAAAAAAAUGCUCCUGUACCGAGGGGCCCCCGCGGGCCCUGGCGCUCGGGGCGGCGGACUGGCCCGAGCGGGCAGUGUCCCGCAGGCCUUCGGGAUUCGCCUGAGCACGAUGAGCCCCCGCUACCUCCAGAGCAACUCCAGCAGUCACACGCGACCCUUCAGUGCCAUCGCGGAGCUGCUAGAUAAUGCUGUAGACCCAGAUGUAUCUGCCAGGACAGUCUUUAUAGAUGUUGAGGAGGUCAAGAAUAAGCCUUGUUUGACAUUUACUGAUGAUGGAUGUGGGAUGACGCCUCACAAACUACACCGAAUGCUCAGCUUUGGCUUUACAGAUAAAGUAAUAAAGAAGAGCCAGUGUCCCAUCGGGGUCUUUGGUAAUGGUUUCAAGUCGGGCUCCAUGCGCCUAGGAAAAGAUGCUCUUGUCUUCACCAAGAAUGGGGGUACCCUCACUGUUGGACUUCUGUCACAGACCUACCUGGAGUGUAUCCAGGCCCAGGCAGUUAUUGUACCAAUUGUCCCAUUCAGCCAGCAAAGCAAAAAAAUGGUUGUUACUGAAGAUUCUUUGCCCAGCCUAGAAGCCAUCUUGAACUAUUCAAUUUUCAACAGUGAAAAAGACCUGCUAUCCCAGUUUGAUGCCAUUCCAGGCAAAAAAGGCACCCGUGUUCUCAUUUGGAAUGUCCGGAGAAACAAAGAUGGAAAGUCUGAGCUGGACUUUGAUACAGAUCAAUAUGAUAUCCUAGUAUCAGACUUCGAUGCUGAAGAAAGGGAGAUUGGUGGUGUUCCCUCCAAGCCGCCAGAAACAGAGUAUUCCCUACGGGCAUUUUGUAGUGUUCUAUAUAUGAAGCCGCGGAUGAAGAUUUUUCUGCGGCAAAAGAAGGUGACUACCCAGAUGAUUGCUAAGAGCCUUGCCAAUGUGGAGCACGAUGUGUAUACGUCUCCCUUCACCAAUAAGCAGGUGAAAAUCACGUUUGGAUUCUCUUGCAAAUACCAUAACCAGUUUGGAGUAAUGAUGUAUCAUAACAACCGCCUUAUUAAGGCCUUUGAGAAGGUGGGCUGCCAGUUAAAGCCAACUUGUGGAGAAGGUGUGGGAGUAAUUGGAGUCAUUGAGUGCAAUUUCCUAAAACCUGCCUACAACAAACAAGACUUUGAGUAUACCAAGGAGUACCGGUCGACAAUAAGUGCGCUUGCUCAGAAGCUCAAUGCUUAUUGGAAGGAAAAAACAUCUCAAGAGAAUUUUGAGAACUUACCUGCAUCCAGGAAGAUUCCCGACCAGACAUGGGUACAGUGUGAUGAAUGUCUUAAAUGGAGAAAACUUCCUGGGAAGGUGGAUCCAUCCACAUUACCUGCCAGAUGGUUUUGUUACUAUAAUCCCCAUCCAAAGUACAGGCGAUGCUCUGUUCCAGAAGAACAAGAACGCACUGAAGACUUAUACCUGAGCAAGGCUAAGCAACAAGAUGAAACUGUUGAGAAGAAGCAGCAGCCUAUGGAAAGUGACAAGCACCAGGUCCUCAGUAAUCCACCAAAGAUUACUACUACACCAGAGAUGACUGAACUAAAUGACAAGAUGAUUGGAUAUGAGCAAAUCAAUAGCCCGAGCCUUCUUUCAUCCGGUGGAGAAGAAAACAAAUCACCUCUUCAACUGAAGUCGCUGGAUUCCAGUAUUUUUCAGUUUUCCAGUAAAUACAAAUUGAUCCUAAGUGAGGAGCCUGUGGAGAAACGAAGGAGGUUCCAAAAUGAUACGACACCAUCUCCUAUAGAUUACUCCAUGUCCAGUCCUUACAGGAGGGGAGAGGCCGCUAUUGCUGACCUAGGAGGAGAGGACAGCCCUGAGAAAUCCAGUUCUGAGAGAAGCACGCCACCAUACCUCUUACCAGAAUACCCAGAAGCAAACAAGAGCACAGGCCACAACAGGGAAGCUCCAGCACUUUGUCUAGGGUCUCAGGACCAAGACCAGGAGUCCCUGCUUCCUGAAGAAUUAGAAGAUCAGAUGCCAAGAUUGGUAGCAGAAGAAUCUAACCGGAGCAGCGAGGAUAGAGACACGAAUAAAGGGCCUUUUGUAGCGGUGGUCGGAGUUGCGAAGGGACUUGCAGAUUCAGGAGCUCCCAUCCAGUUAAUCCCUUUCAACCGGGAGGAGUUUGUAGGCAGAAGAAAGGCAGCAGCGGAACCUUGGAACCUGAAUCCUUAUUCUUCUGUGGCCCCUGCCACAGCUACUGCAGGGAAAGGAAAAGGCUACCAGGAGAGUGGAAGUCGGAACAUGCCAAAGAUAAAGAACCAGAAAGAACUGGAAGAAUUGAAGAGAACCACAGAAAAAUUGGAGCGUGUCUUGGCUGAAAGGAAUCUGUUCCAGCAAAAGGUAGAGGAGCUGGAACAGGAGAAGAAUCACUGGCAUUCUGAAUUUAAGAAAGCUCAACAUGAAUUGGUGACCUAUAGUACCCAGGAGACUGAAGGCUUAUACUGGAGCAAGAAGCACAUGGGUUAUCGCCAAGCUGAAUUCCAGAUUCUGAAAGCGGAGCUAGAAAGAACCAAAGAGGAGAAGCAAGAACUAAAAGAGAAACUGAAAGAGACAGAGACACACCUGGAAGUAUUGCAGAAGGCCCAAAUAUCCUACCGGAACACAGAGGGAGAUGACCUAGAAAGGGCUUUGGCAAAGCUUACGCGGCUACGUAUCCACGUCAGCUAUCUCCUUACUUCUGUCCUCCCUCACUUGGAGCUUCGUGAGAUCGGGUAUGACUCAGAACAAGUGGAUGGGAUCCUGUACACAGUGCUGGAGGCAAAUCACAUACUGGAUUGAGCACCAGACUAUAUAUCCUCUGCUGGCUUUCUUUUCUCUUUACUGCCUGUGUACUAUAUGUCUCCCCCAGCUGCUGCUGCUUCUUCUUCCCGUCCUAUCCCUCCCCCAGCCUCCUCCUUUCCCUUUCACCUUUAUGCCUUAUAUUGAAAGUCUUUGAAUAAGUCCUGGUUCUUAAUCAGUGUACUUCGCAUUCAGUGUGGGUGUGAAGAAAGAGGCCCAUUAAAUAGCCUUUUAAGAGUCCAGGAACAGAAAAGCAAUAGUCACCAAGUUAGGUGACUGGAAAGCACUAAUUUUCAUGUUCUAGAUACGUGGCCUAUUUCGUGUUCUGCUGAUGGUUCGUCUUCAUUUAGGUUAAAUCAGUCAGCAAAUGUUGGGUCCAAUGCACCUGGUGGGAAAAGUCAUGCUGCCAGCCCCGCCAGGUUCUAACAGUCUAGCUGGAAGCACGAGUCACAGCACGUUAGCUAACUAUACAAAGAAGGGUAUGGUGUGCCUGAGUGGUAGAAGCGUGACAUGGAAGACAGAGGCGAGCAACUUAAAGGAAGGCAGUGCACCAUAAGUGGGACCUAAUGAAGGUUAAAGAGUGAGCAUAGCAACGCUCUUAAUGACGGUUGUUGCUUAAGUGGUAGGAUUAUGGUUGAUAGUUUUCCUUCUUCCUAUCUUCCUGCCCUUUUCAAAUUUUCUAUUACAUUCUCGUUCUUCUUACGUUGCAAAAUAAAUUGUUUUGAAAGCUAACAAGUAGGCUUGAGUUUGGGUGUCAAAUGAGACAUUUAUGAAAGUCUAAAGUCAUUUUACAUUUAUACUUUCUGUUGAGUUGAACACUACCUCUGGAGAGACAGCACAAACAAAUGUGCAAAAAUCCACAAUGUGAAAAAUGUGUUUGGUAAGACUGGUAGGUUUGCAUAAAAGGAACCUACCAACCAACUCACCAAUUCCCCACGGUAUUAUUAUUUUAAUAAUAGAUAUGUGAAAAUAAAUAUAUGAGGAUCACAAUUUAUGUAUCACUACAUUGUUAAAUUCCAGGUAUCAAAAAAUAUUUUAGAUUAGAAAGAUUUAGUUGCUAUCCCUUGUAGUGUAACUGCAUAAUUUCUAGGCUAUUCAGAGUGAUACUCAUGAAAAUAAGGUAUUUUAUGAAUCCAUUGCUUUAUUAUAUUUAUGUAGUAUAUAGUCUGCAAGUACUCCUGAAGGGUCGCUGAACAGUGAAUGGUAUAUAAUAUAUAUUAUAUACACAUAUAAGUAUACAUACAUGUAUAUAUAUAUAUACAUACACACAAUACACCUAUGUAUGUGUGUAUGUCUGCAUUGAAAACUAGGAUGUAGAGGAUAGGAAUAAUAACAGGAAGGCAGAAUCCACCAGCAGUAAAAGGAUUCCCUAGUAUAAACAAAACACUUGGGGUAGUCAUUCUGUUUUCCUCAGUAGAUUUAUUUCAGAGGACUGUCCCAAGGAUACCUUAUCUCCUUUGAAGGGAGGCCCAUCAUAAAUAAAUGUUGCUGGGAGUCUGUGGAGAAUAUGAUGAAGCCAUAGCCAGGCUUCCCCAUUAGAAUGGUACCCAAACAUACCUGAGCUCCUACCACUCUAUCUCACCGCAGCUCUAGCAGGCUGUAUUAUUAACUUCCGUUUCCGACAUUUGCACCAGUAUAUCUAAGACCUCGGUUUUCUCAAUGGGCUUAUUAACAAGAGAAGGAUCACAUGCAAUUAUUUUCUCAGUGAU